AUCGCUGUUCACCGAAAAGGUAUCGAUGACGACUUCUUGUAGUUUACCAACAAGCGAGAGUUUUUAUUUAACUUUUUGCGCAUUUACCAAUCCAAGUCAUCCACGUCCGACCAAGACGAUGCCCGCCGUUUCCCGCUCCAGCCGUCAGUGAGCCAAAUGGGCCGAUCCGCGCCGCCAGAGGGUCUACAGUUAAUUUUCUAGAGGUUGCCUGCGUGGAUGUGCUUGGAUGUUAUGGUGCAGGAGUGGUUACUCAACGCCAAGAAAAGAAACCAAUAAACCAUCAGUUAAUUGCUGCGAUUACACCCGAGUAGUCGCCAGAUAACCCGCUUUUUCGGCGGAAAGAACAACAGCACAACGCAAAUACCGCUACACGGCAGAAGCGGCAACAACAAUAAGCGUGGGAACGAGCGGUACGGGGAAAGCGGACCGGGGAUGAGUAAUAGCUCGGAAGGUAACGGGACCGGGGGCCGGCGCACCGUUGACUGGCAGAGAUUCGGACUCGGAGGCGACGAGGAUGGCGAUGUAGCGGUGGCCAGUUUCCGCCAGCGGACCAACAACAACACUGGCGGAUUCGUGGAUUUGGGCAACGAGUAUACGUACGCGGCUGGUGGCCACCAUGCUUCCGGAGCCAAUGAGAUCUUUGCGGGCGAGCAGGGCGACAAGCCCUGGUGGCGCUCCAACUUCUUUAUCUCGCAGCCUGUGCUCUUCGGCACCUGGGAUGGAGUGUUCACCUCCUGCCUGAUCAACGUGUUCGGCGUGAUCGUGUUCCUGCGAUCCGGAUGGAUCGUGGCGCAGGCGGGCAUUCUUAACGCGGUGCUGAUCAUCUUCUGCACGGUGGUGAUCGCUCUGGUCAGCGUGCUGUCGGCGAUUGGCAUCUGCGAGCGGUGCCGCGUGGAAAGCGGCGGAGUGUACUUUCUUAUAGCACACACUCUGGGUUCCCGCUUCGGAGGAGCUCUGGGACUGCUCUACUGCUUCGGCCAGGCAGUGGGUUGCGCCCUCAACGUGAUGGGAUUCGGCGAGUCGAUGGCCGGACUCGUAGGACUCGAGGGAAGCAAGUGGGCCAUCCGAGGCUUUGCCACAGCGGCUGUGCUCUUGCUGGGCUGCAUUAACGUGGCCGGCGUCAAGUGGGUCAUUAAGUUGCAGUUCAUUCUACUCAUGAUACUGCUCAUCUCGGCGCUGGAUUUCAUGGUGGGCAGCUUCACCAGCGAGGCCAGCGCUGGAUUUAACGGCUGGAUGAGCGGCAACUUUGUGGAGAACCUGUGGCCGAAGUAUGACGACGGCUAUUCAUGGUUCCGGGUGUUUGGCGUCUUUUUCCCCACCGUCACCGGCGUGCUCUCGGGCAUCAAUAUGAGCGGGGACCUACGCGCUCCCUCUACGGACAUUCCAAAUGGCACCCUGGCCGCCUUCGGCACCUCAACGUUCCUGUAUUUGGUGUUUGUGCUGUUUUUGGGUGCCACCUGCCUGCGGGACAACCUGUAUACGGAUUACAUGAUCGCCGUCAAGGUGUCGGCCGCGCAUUUCCUGCUGCUGGCUGGCAUCUACGUGUCAAGCAUGUCCUCUUGCCUGGGUGCCAUGUACGGUACCCCGCGCGUCCUGCAGAGCAUUGCCAAGGAGAGCGUCAUUCCGGGUAUUGAUAUCCUGGGAAAAGGCCGAGGUCCCAACAAAGUGCCUUUAUACGCCAUGGCCAUCGUGGCCUUGGUCACAGUCACCUUCAUUAUCGUGGGUGACAUCAACUUUCUGGCGCCCAUCGUGACCAUGCCCUUCCUGCUGACGUAUGCCUGCAUCGACUACGCAUACUUUGCGCUUGCCCAGACCUUCGACAUUCAGGAGCAGCGCGAGGAACGCUUUCGCAUCCAGGCCUCGAGUCCCAGCUACGAGACGCGUCGCUACGGAAGUGUUUCAGACACUGGCAACGAUUUGGACCUGCUAUUCCCCGAUCGGGUGCGCCACAAGAAUUUGCAGAGUCCGCAGAACUCACCGCUGCACCAGACCGUACCGCUGGAGUUCAACACCGAGGGCCCCAGCACCUCCCACCAAGCGCAUAUUUUGAAUUCCUCAGAAUCGAGGGUGGGCAACGAAGCGGAUACGACACUGGCAGUUGAGCAAGCAGCCGGGCAGGGCGCCAGCGAGCAGGAUCAGGAGCAGGAAGAUGAGGCAGAACCGAUUGCACCAAUCCGCCCGCCCAUCCACUCCAAGACGAAAAACUGGUACUCCGGCUACUGCAACCGGUGGGCCUCAUUGCUGGGGGCUUUCACCAAGCUGCUGGUCAUGUUGCUGGUGAAUUGGUACUAUGCCCUCACCUGCUUCCUGGUGGUGUUCGUUGUGUGGUUUUAUGUGGGUACUGCCAAUCCGGCUGUGAAGCCAGGCCUCACUGCGGAGUUUAACUUCUUCGCCUGGCUAAAAAGCGUCAUAUUCCGGUGCUUCGGCAAACGGAUAAAUGAGUACGAACAGAUCGUGGUGACGCCUUCGUGCCCUGGCGUGGAUCUCUCGCCCACGCAGCUCAACGAACAGAAUGAGGACUUCCGCCCGCGACCCAACUACCAUCACUCGUCCGUCAUCGAGGGCCGCCUCAUCGAUGACAUCUAGGAUCUGAAUUGGGGAUCGGCGGGUGGACCAGGGGCGUGGCUGUGGAAAGCAAUAGUCGACUGCAUUUCUUUAACGCUAAACAAUACUAAGCUAAACUAAAGUGAAGUCAAGGCAGCAAAGCAACCAAACUAAACUAAACCCUAUACUCUACAUAUUUAUUCGCUAUGUAUGUUUGUGUAUCUGUAAUGAUGUGUUGGAUGUAUAGCUAAGAAUAGCAACAACUGCGGUCACAAUGGUAGCCCCUUAAAUUAGAUAGUUUUCUUGUUUAAAUCAUUUUAAAGUCGGCGUGACACAUUUUAUUGGAAUUUUCCCAUUAGUGCUCCAUAUGGUUGAGUUUUUACGCAAUGAGAACGUUGAAAUUAUAUAAGAAAAUUGCAUUAAGCUGUUUUAAAAAUUAUGAAUUAUUAUUCGGCCUUUGGCAGUAAUCAAAUUUUUAAAAUUAAUCAAUUGUUAAUUUUGUUUUUAUAGAAAAAGGGUACGGAGCUGGCUAGGAACAUUGAAAUGUGAUUUAAUAAACAAAUUUUAGUUUGCUUAAAAAUAACUUUUUGGUUUCUGAAGAAGAUCGUAUUGUUAGAGUUAUAAAUGAUAAGAUACAAAUCAAAGUUAAAGUUGUGAGGCUUUUAUUUUGACCGCAGUUGUUCAGUCCGGUACUAAACACCGCCCUACCCACUUCCCCGCCCACACGCACAUACCCAACACCACACACAACAGCUCAAAGCAUUUUACUAAUUAUUUAAUUGUAAUCUUAAGUUUCGCAUGCUUUCGAUGUGUUCCUUGAUCGCGGAGUUCUGUAAAACCUAUUACUUCUUGAUCAAAAGCAUAUAAAUUGUUGCUAAUUGGAUAUGUUUCUGGUGUUUCCGCACACAAAACGCAUUUUAAAGAGACAUAUGUGAUACUGAGAUAAUAAGUAAACCAAAAACCGAAACCAGAAAUCAAACUCGAUGAUUUGGCGCCAUUGCAUUUAAGACGAACACCCAAAAAGCACAAUGAAAUUGUAAGAGAACAUAAUCAACAUGCCACACAACGCCUAACCUAAGCUGUACCCUGUAUUAGCAUCUCGAUGAACAAUAACAGACUUAAUUGAUAAUAUAAACCCGUAAUUCACGUAUUAAAUCGGCAUAAGAAUCCCGCAGAUAUAUCACAUAAUAAUAAACGCACUCUAUAAACACCA